CUAACAGAAAGUACAAUGCAUUAUUUGAAUUAUGUUUUGCUUCUUUCAUUUUAUCUAAAUGAGUAUUAUUUAGAGGCUGCCACAACGGCGAAAACUUCUAGUGACGUAUGGGAUCAUACACUUUCAAGUCAAUCCUCUUCCAUUCCAUUAUUUGAAUUUGGAGAAAAGUCUUAUUAUAUCUCGAAAUUUAAGCUCACGUUCUUAGAAGCAUAUCAGUUCUGUCAAGAAAUUCAGAUGAAGUUAGUAACAAUUCAUUCGUCGGAGGAAGUUGACGCACUGACAAAAUUUGUCCGUCAGGCAGGCGAUGAGCUGGACUUCUGGACUUCUGGAUCUAGGCUAGUAGAUAGCAAAAUAUGGAUUUGGAUGUCGACGAUGGAAGUUGUGGAAUAUACAAAGUGGAGUAACGGGCAACCUGAUUAUGUAAAUGAGCAGUGCCUUGAAUUGUGGUUUGUAGGCACUGAAGGACUAUAUUUUAAUAAUAGAGAUUGCGCUUCCAAACAAACGUUUAUCUGCGAAAAAAACACACAUCUGCCUCGAAUAACUCGUGAGGCCGCGGAUGCAGGUUGCCUGUCUUCUUUGGGCAGUCAUUACAUAUUUCCCAAUACAAAUUUACUAAAUUUUGAAGGAAAAAGUUACUAUAUAGGCAAUUAUUUCAAGGCGACUUUCCUGCAAGCUAGCCAGUUCUGUCAAAUGAUUGGCAUGAAAUUAGUUUCAAUCGAAUCAGAGGCAGAAAAUGUGAGGCUAUACAAAUAUAUUCGAGAUACUAUUGCAGGGGAUGGCUUUUGGUCCUCCGGUUCCAAGCUUGUCGAUGGCAAAAACAUAAUUUGGCUCUCAACUGGCAGAAUGGCAGAUUAUACAAAUUGGAUGCCUAACCAACCAGACAACGCUAAAGAAAUGUGCAUUGAGCUCGUGCAGAGACGGAACGAUGGUUUAUUUUGGAAUGAUUUGAACUGCGACGAUAAACUUUUCUUUAUAUGUGAGCAAAACGACAAUAUUUUAAGUCGGAACGCAGAAUCAAUUAUUGAGGAAAAAUCUUCUGCUGUUCAAUCAGCUGCAAAUAUUGAGCCAGCGACUGAAUAUCCAGAGAAUCCUACUCUACCUAUUACUACCAUAGAUGGAGUAAAAUAUCGGAUCAGCAAAUUCAAUGCAACACAAGAGAAAGCUUUACUAGCUUGCAGGCAGUAUGGUAUGGAACUAGUCAGCAUAUUGGACAAGGCAAAGAAUGAUAUCAUCACUAAAUUGAUCCAACAACACAAUUCUACUGAUAACUAUUGGGUUUCCGCAAAGAAAAAACCGGACAACAAAUGGAUAUGGUGGGAACUGCAACCGAUGGUUUAUACAAACUGGGCUGACAGUGAACCUAAUAACCUUGGAGGGAGUGAAUUUUGUAUUGUAUUUCGGCAUACUAGUGGUCUGUGGAAUGAUAUAAAUUGUGAAAGUGAUUUCUAUUUCAUCUGCGAAAGUCGCAACAACUUCAAUCCAAGCUCCAAUCCAACUGUAAAUAUAUAUGUCAACAACAAUCAUGAGACAGUUACUCAAUAUCCAGACAAUCCUAAUCUGCUUAUAACGACGGUAGAUGGAGUGAAAUACCGGGUCAGCAAAUUCAAAGCAACACAAGAAAAAGCUUCAGAAUCAUGCAGGCAGUAUGGUAUGGCACUUGCCAGCGUAUUGGACCAGGGAAAGAGUGAUGUCAUCCUUAAAGUGGUUCAGCAAAAUAAUUCUACUGAUAACUAUUGGGUAUCCGCAAAGAAACAACCAGACAAGAAAUGGAUAUGGUCGGAAUUACAACCUAUGGUUUACACAAAUUGGGCCCCCAAUGAGCCUAAUAACGUUGCAAAUAAUGAAUUUUGUAUUGAAUUUUUGCGUACUGACGGUAAGUGGAACGACAUAAAUUGUAUGCGUGAUUUGUAUUUCGUCUGCGAAAGUCUCAACUUCAAUCCAAGCUCCAAAAAUUGCGACUGUGAUGGGUCGUUUACACAGUCGAAGAAGAUUGCCUCUUUGGGAGAUGGAUAUAAUGUUGCAAUCAAUAAUAAUAUUGGAACCUCUAACAGUCAUCAUACAGUACUUUCUAAUUAAUGGAAAAUUAUAGAAUUGAAGAAAUAAAUAUUGUUUUU